CAAGGUUUCUCUAGGCAGGAUUUUGAUAAAUAGUGUGAGAAGCAGCAACUCAUGUUUAGGUUCCCCAGAUGGAUUUAAGGAGGAUAUCUGUACACUCGUGUCGUUGUUGGAUAUGGAAGAGAAUUGAAACCAGUAGCAGCUCUGGCCUCUUCGCAGUGGAUCUAUUCUGCAGCUGGCUGGAUGACUACUCCUGGGAUAAGUUUGGUUAGUGUGAUGGAAGAUUUCUAUCAGUUACUAUGGAGUUAACCCUCGAAAUAAGCUUCCCCUUUCUCCCUGGAUUGCAAGCAGUUCCCUCUGGAUGGAUCCCUUCGAUUGAGUGGCAUGAUAUUACAUCCUGGUUACAACCAACCUGAGGAAUACUAUGGAAUUACUAGACCUACAGUUUCAGGCAAUAUUGAAGUGCAUUGAAGACUCCGCGGUAUCAUUGGCUUUGGUUUAAAUGUAAUAUAUUGAUGCACGUUCUUUGGAUAUGAAAUCUUUCGAUGAAGAUAUAGUACUCUUUGAUCUACCACCUUGAAGGAUAUUACAGCUAAUAAUUUUCAACGAAUUCAUGGAAAGGAAAACUGAAGAAUUGAGGAAGUAACAUAUACAAGGGUCUACAUAUCUGUACUGUUUAUUUUGAUUCACCCCGAUUGGAUCUUAUGGAUUUUUCUGGUCUGAUGGUUAAAUUAUAGAAGCUUACAAACAUUUGGAAUUUUAUUUUCCCGCAUAAUGGAAUGAAGGGCAUUAUCACUUCAACGUGGGAUUAUAUUCAUCUUAAAGUAGUUGUAUGGCAGAUUGGAUUACCUGGUUUGUGUUUCAUACUCAUCUUGAUUCUACUUAUUGUACCAGUGGACUAUCAAACAAGGGACAUCUGUUAGUGGAUACUUUACAUUUUAACUUUCAGAUCAAAUAUGAAAAGAUUUUAAGACAUGGCAACUGACUGCUAGAAAAUGGAUAUUAUAUGUCUACUACUAGAAGAAAGCACUGUGCUCUGGGAGUAACGGGUAUAGUUGCUUAAUAUCGACUCGGAUUGGGAUACAUUUAUCUACAUCCAUCUGAACGCACUCCGCAUCUCAGAAAGGUCUUGGGGUUUGGGAGUUACUUUAAACUUUGGGAGCUAUCUGUAUGAGGCGAAUGUACGUAACACUGGCAAUGGAAAUUUAUCUUUCUUGGGCGUUCAGUUUUCUUGAUACAAUCCCCAAAUCAAUGCGGCACUAGCACUAUCCGAAGUUGGAUUACCCCUUUAAGAGGGGACCAAAUUGGGAAUGUUUGUACACUUUUCUCUCCCUAGAUUUAAUUGGGAUUUAGGUCGUGUUUACUGCAGUCUAAAAAGGGCUUCUGACAACCGGGAGCGUACUUAUGAUCAUAGUGCCUAUGGACACCACGAUCGUACAACAGCAGGGUUUGAUCGUCCCAGACAUUAUGAACAGGAUUACUAUAGAGAUCCUCGGGAUCGAACUAUACAACAUGGAGUUUAUUAUGGGUCAAGAAGUCGAAGCCCUACUCGAUUUGAAGCUCAUGAUCCACGUUAUGAACAAAGAGGGAGGGAACAGUUUGCAAUAUCAAGUGUAGUACACCGAGAUCUCUACAGGGAAGAUAUUACUCGGGAAGUAAGAGGGAGACGGCAGGAAAAGAACUAUCAGCACAGCCGAAGUCGAUCCCCACAUUCCUCACGGUCAGGAAACCAAUCCCCACAGCGACCUAGCCAAGGACGGCCACGGCGAUCUCCCAGUGGCAGUGGGUCCCGGAGUAGGUCAUCAAGCAGUGAUUCAGUCAGCAGCAGCAGUAGUACCAGCAGUGACAGUAGUGAUUCUAGCAGCAGCUCCAGUGACGAGUCUCCAGCAAGAUCCGUUCAGUCUGCUGCAGUCCCUGCACCACCAGUUCAACUCCCGACACCUGUGGAAAAGGAUGAACCACGCAAAAGCUAUGGAAUCAAGGUCCAAAACUUGCCAGUCCGUUCUACUGACACAAGCCUUAAAGAUGGUCUGUUCCAUGAAUUUAAGAAGUAUGGGAAGGUAACAUCUGUGCAGAUCCAUGGUGCUUCUGAAGAGCGCUAUGGCCUUGUUUUCUUUCGACAACAAGAAGAUCAGGAGAAAGCUAUGAAUGCGUCUAAGGGGAAGUUAUUUUUUGGCAUGCAGAUUGAAGUCACUGCUUGGACUGGCCCAGGUCCCCUUGCAGAAACGGAGAGUGAGAAUGAAUUUCGACCACUGGAUGACCGAAUAGACGAGUUUCAUCCCAAGGCCACAAGAACAUUAUUUAUUGGAAACCUGGAGAAAACCACAACCUAUGGAGAUCUUCGAAACAUCUUUGAGCGCUUUGGGGAGAUUGUGGAUAUUGACAUCAAGAAGGUAAAUGGGGUUCCUCAAUACGCCUUCCUACAGUACUGUGACAUUGCAAGUGUCUGCAAAGCCAUCAAGAAAAUGGACGGAGAGUACUUAGGAAAUAAUCGGCUCAAGGUCAGGAAGGAGAAAUACAGUCAUUUGCUUAUCAGGAAUAUUCACUUAUCAGGAAUUCACAGUGAAAUAUUACUGGGAUUUGGCAAGAGUAUGCCAACUAAUUGUGUAUGGCUGGAUGGCCUAUCUUCAAAUAUUACUGAACAAUACUUGUCCAGGCAUUUUUGUCGUUAUGGGCCUGUGCUCAAAAUUGUGUUGGAUCGUCAGAAAGGAAUGGCUCUGGUGUUGUACGAUGAAAUUGAAUGCGCACAGACAGCGGUGCAGGAGACCAAGGGCAGGAAGAUUGGAGGAAAUAGAAUAAAGGUGGAUUUUGCAAAUCGCGAGAGUCAGUUGGCAUUUUAUCGUUCAAUGGAAGUCUCUGGGCAAGACAUCAGAGACCUGUACGAAAUCUUUGCUGAGCGAAGUAGGGAGGAUCGGCGAGGAUCAUACCAUGAAUAUCCUACAGAUCGAGCCUACUUUGAUGCGGUUAGGGGCCCGGCUGCUACAUUCCCUGAAGAUCCUCGGAGAGACUACCGUGCAAGAAGCAGAGAUUUUUAUGCCGAAUGGGAUCCCUAUCAGGGUGAUUAUUAUGAUCCUCGCUACUAUGAAGAUCCCCGGGAGUACAGAGACUACAGAGAUCCCUAUGAACAGGACAUAAGGGAGUACAGUUAUCGACAGCGAGAGAGGGAGCGGGAGAGGGAACGUUACGAAUCUGAUAGAGAGCGAGAUCAUGAAAGGCGGACUUGUGAACGAAGCCAAAGCCCAACACAUUCGAGAAGAGCGCAGAGUUGUAGUGCGUCACCAACGCAGUCUGAGAGGCACCAGAGUGACAGCAUGGACUCGGAACGUAGAAUAUACAGUCGAUCGUCAGAUCGUAGUGGUAGUUGCAGCUCGCUCUCACCCCCUCGAUAUGAUAAAGUUGAGAAGACUGACAAAGUUCGACCAGAGCGUUAUGAUAAAAAUGAAAAGGAGAAAGACCGAGUGUUUGAACCCGAAAGAGUUGAUAAAAGGACACAAAGGAAAGAAAAGGUUGAGAAAUUGGAAAAAGCAAAAAAAAUCGACAAACCUGAAGUGGAAAAACCAGAGAAGAAGGAGAAAACUGAGAAGCUCAGACUACGCAAGGUGAAGCCUCCAACUCCAAGUUCCCCAUCUUCUGAAACAGACCAAGAAAUAGACAGAGAUCCAAACCCUGAUGGACAAAAGGGUAAAACAAAACAAGGGAAAGAAAAAGCAGAGAAAGACGGGGCUUCAAAAAAUCGUUUAGAUUUAAUUCCCUGUGUGGUGUUAACUCGUGUAAAAGAGAGAGAGACGAAAGUGAUUGAACCCCUGAUUGUGGAGAAGUCGAGAGGAAAGCCAGAGAAUGAUGUGGUCAAAUCUCCUCCUGCAGAACAACAUAAAGUACAGCUAACACGACUUGAUCAGACAAAGACAGAGCUGACCAAAGUGGAGCCCAUUAGGCCAAAAAUGUUAAAAGAGAAACUGCUUGCCAGCCAAAUAGAAAUCGUGGAGAAGGAAGUGAAAAUCAAGCAUAAAAAGAACCUCAAACCCGAACCGUGUGUUGAUGCACCGAAUGUAAUGGAUAUUGACAAACUGGAAGCAAGGAAGAGGCGUUUUGCGGAUCCAACGUUAAGAACAGACAGGCAGAAGUUAGAGGUUAAGAGAAGCAGUCAAGAGGAAGAGGAACUGCGUCAAGGUCUAAAAAAACAACCUGAGCUGGCUCCCUGGAGAGAAGUGGGUAAAGAAGGAGACGUUGACCGCAGACCCGUGCGCAAAGAAUCGCUCAAACGAGAGCACAGAAAAAUUAAGCAAGAAAAAUUAAUUCCAGCAUUCAGCCCCAGGGAAGGGCAGGAGUCUGCCACUGUUUCGGUAGGGAUUGGCUUGCGGCCUGGCGUGGAUGUACAGUCUAGAAUAAGUGAGCCAUCUGAAGACUUGGUGGACGUUCAAGAAGUUGGAGUGAAGAAAGUGAACACACCAAAACCUCUGCUUAAGGGAGUUCUUCAGCAACUGCUCCCACACCUUGAUGAGAUAUCGGGAGAAGGAGAUAUGAAAAGAGAUGAACGGAAGAGAAAAUAUAGCGGCACUGAAGACGCAAAUGAUCACAAGUCCACCCAUGAGAAAUCGCAGACGGCUGAAGCGGAAGAGAAACUAGGGAUUGAUAUUGAUUACACUCAGAGUUACCGGAAACAAAUGGAGCAGAACCGCAAACUGAAGCAGCAGCAGGAGAUGGAGAUGGCAAAAUCAGAGAAAUUCAACAGCCCCAGAAAAGAUAAUCCAGACGAAUUUGACAGAAGAAGUUUGGUCCAUGAAGUUGGGAAGCCACCUCAAGAUGUCACAGACGACUCUCCUCCAGUUAAACGGAAAAAAACAGACCAAUUUGAUUUUGAGAUUAGCAUGAAAAGAGAGAGAAAUUAUAGGAGUUCUCGUCAACAAAGUGAGGAUUCCGAAAAAACUGUCUUUUCCCCUGGAUUUCGGCAUAUUCUGUCUUAUCAGGAUGAAGAUGAUAACUCAGACUCUCCACAUCAGACAUUGCCACAUCAGACAUUGCCACAUCAGACAUUGCCACCGAAAGAACCUAAAGUUUCUCCCAAGCCAGACUACACCAUUCAAGUUCCUGUUAAAGAAGAAUCUUUAAAGUGCAAUUCUUAUGAAUCAAAUAAGCGAGAACAAAUUUUGGACUUGUCCAGAAUUAAAAUAGCAUCUCAGAGCUCCGAGGAGGAGACAGCACGCUGGGAAACACGUUUGAAACUAGAGGCAAGUAGAUCUGACGUUAGCUUUCCAAGUAGCGUCAUAAAACGCGAUGGAAUUCGCAAGCGUUCUGUGCGUGAGCUCGAACCAGGAGAGGUACCGAGCGAUUCUGAUGAGGAUAAUGAACAUAAAUCUCAUUCACCAAAAGCCUCAACUUCUUUUGAAAGUUCUAGGUUGCCUUUGUUUCUACGAAAUAGGGAGGAUGAUAGGAUAUCAGACUUGAAGCUAUCAAGUUCUCUGGAAAGAAACAAAUUCUAUUCCUUUGCUCUCGACAAGACCAUUACCCCGGACACCAAGGCUUUACUAGAAAGGGCAAAGUCUCUGUCGUCAUCCCGAGAAGAAAAUUGGUCAUUUCUGGAUCGAGAUUCCAGGUUUGCCAACUUUAGGAAAGAUAAAGAUAAGGAAAAGGUGGAAUCGGCACCAAGGCCAAUCCCCUCUUGGUACAUGAAAAAGAAAAAAAUUAGAACCGAUUCUGAUGGUAAAAUGGAUGAAAAGAAGGAAGAGCACAAGGAAGACGAGCAAGAGAGGCAGGAACUAUUUGCUUCCCGUUUCCUGCACAGCUCCAUUUUUGAGCAGGAUUCAAAACGCCUACAGCACCUUGAAAGGAAAGAAGAUGAUUUGGAUGUAAUUUCUGGGAAAUUCUUUGGAAGGCAAGGAUCUGUGGAUGGCUCCAAUAGCAGCCUAGAACUGAUACAAGAACCCGUAGUCUUGUUUCACAGUCGCUUCAUUGAAUUGACACGAAUGCAACAGAAAGAAAAGGAAAAGGACCAGAAACCAAAGGAACUGGAGCGACGAGAAGUUGAAAAAGAAGUUCAGCCUAAAACACCAGAUUCUGCCCCUGAAUCAGAGGUGGUGAAUACUAUGCCGUUUUUUAGGGCUCUUAUACCGCAACCACCCCCUGUUGUUCCCCAGCCAGUUCUCCUUGAGCAACGAGAAGCAACUCUGAAUAAAGUAGUGCACGAAGCCUCCCUGGUGGAAAAUGUAAACUCCAGCUCUGCAGCGGAUGCCCUGAAAUAUGUUGUUAGUGUCAGCCCUUGUGAAGAAGCAGAACCGGCAGUAAACAAGCAAUUAGAUGCAAAUGUUACUUCAAGUUUUGCGGCUACCGAGGAGGAAAUAUCGAUUGGAGAACAUCCCUCUUACUUGAAUACUAAACCGCCAACUCCGGGAGGAGCUGACCCACAAAACUGCAGAAAUCCAGAAACAGAAGUGUUAGAACUUGGUUCAGAUUCCACCAAAACUAGCAAAAAAGAAGUGGCAUCCGAUGAACACAAAGGAGAUAAAAAUUCUUCCGUCACUGUCCAGUUAGAUGUCAACCAGCAAGAAGAACACUUGGAGGUACAGCCACAGAUUUCGGAUAAUGAAGCAGAUACCGAACCGUCUGUAGGUAUAAAAGAGAAAAGGUCUUCACAAACCAAAAGAACAAAGACUACACUUCAGGCAGUCACUGCAACCAUCCCGGAAAAGCCUGUCACGAGGAAAAGUGAGAGGAUAGACCGUGAAAAGCUAAAGAGGUCAUCAUCGCCCCGAGCUGACACUCAGAAACUUCAGGAGCAGAAAUUGGAGAUAGAAAGAGUCUCAAAAAACACAGCAAAAUCUCCAAGUUCUGCCCCAGAGUCUGAAACUUUGGAGCCAAGUUUGCCUUUAGGCAGAACACGCCGUAGAAAUGUGCGAUCUGUUUAUGCGACAAUUGACGACGGCCCAAAUCUAAUGAAAGACUCGACCGACACGUCACGGUCAACCAGGAAACGAGGCGAUAAAGAACUUCAGGAACCAUCGAAUGUACAAACUCCGCCUCGGAGGGGGAGACCCCCAAAAUCCCGCCGCCGACCAGGGGACGAGAAUCCAUGUUUUAAAGCUGAGCCGGUGAAACAAGAAGCUGAAGAAACGGAAACUAAAGACAGCAUUGAAAACGCAAAACCAGUUGAAGGAUGGAAGUCACCAAGAUCACAGAAAGCCGCACAAAGUCAUCCAUUACCCCCUUCACCUGCUUUUAGCAGCCAUGUUGGAAAGAAAGCCAUUAAAACAGAAUCAAGGACAUCCGAGAUUUGUGUUGACCAUAGAGAUGAUGUUACAGAGACUUUGGCUGAGCAAGGUUCGAAUAAGAAUAUAGUUAAACACUCACCAGAGGAACGGGAGGUGGCAGUCGACAAAAAAACAGUUGACAAAAAUGACAUUGCGUUGGAGAAUUGUCCUUCAGAUAAAAACCCUGGUGAAGUUGUAGAAAAGGGAUGUUUGGAGAAAGGCUCCAAGUCAAAGUGUGGAAGAGGAAGGAACUCAAAGGACAAUGAAGACAAAAUAUCUCUACGAAAUUUGGAAAUAAGACUCAGUACUGAGGAGCUAAAUGUUGUUAAAAGUGAUACAGAGACGACUGGGACUGUAAAGAAAGAUGCCCAGAAAGAUGACGAUCAGUCGCCUAAGCUAAUUAAAGAAGAAAUCAAGAAUCCAUUCUCAGAACCACCAAAAUCACCAGAUAAAGACUCCCCUAGACGUUCGUGUUCGCCAGAAGCUGUACAGCGUGCUAAGCAGAUGGAACUUGAGAGAGCAGUGGAGAACAUUGCAAAAUUAACAGAAAUCCCAACUGUGCAUCCUUACAAAGAAGCUACUAAUGAACCGGACGUUAGACCAGAGGAAGAAGUAGAAAAGCCUGCUCAUCAAGCAAGUGAAACUGAGCUCGCAGCUGCCAUUGACUCCAUCAUUGCAGAUGAAUCGGCAGAACCCGACAACUUCCCGUCUGCUCCAAGAUAUUCCGCUGACCAAACUGUGGCGGGCAUCGCUGAAGAUCCGACUGUAGUCCCUACACCCCCAGAUGCAACACAGCCUGAAACUGAUCAGGCGGCUGCAAAUAUACCGGAGUCAAAUAACAAUGUUGGCGCCUCGGGACGACUGUUGGCAAAAGCACCACCCACAAAUCGUCCAGUAUCAACAAACCCAUCUUCAGAUCGUGGUGUUUCUAAAGCCCCAUCCUCAGGCCAGUCAGUUUCUAAAUCUGCUGCAUCAGCAGAGACUUUGACUCCAAAGGUUCCCCCCUCGAUAGAAAGAAAUGUUUCUGAAGUUCCCUCUUCAACGGAUGUGAUUUCUAAAGCUCCUACCUCCACAAACAGCGUUGUGACUAAAGUUCCUGCAGUAGUAGGUUCCACCUCAACAGAGAGUGUAAUUUCUAAAGCUUCAGCUUCACAAGAAACCGUGAUUUCUAAAGUUCCUGUCACAGAGGAACUUUUAUCUAAAAGUACUGUUUUAUCUAAAAGUACCAUUACAGUAGAGAGUGUAAUAUCUAAAGCUCCUGUCUCUGUGGAGAGUGUGAUUUCCAAAGCUCCUGCCUCAGUGGAGAGUGUGAUUUCCAAAGCUCCCACCUCCGUUGAGAAUGUGGUUUCUAAAACUCCCGUUGGAACAGUGAGUGUCGUUUCCCCAGCUCUGCCUUCAGAUGGUUUGGCUUCUAAAAGUUCAGCUGUGGACAGUCAAUCAGCAGUAUCAGUCAGCUCAGUUUCCAGAUCUGCUUUAUUGACUACUUUGGCUGAGGCAAAAGAUGCUGACGUGUGCCUCCAGCAACCUGAAAAUAUCUCCCAGAAAACGGAGAACCCUCCAAAACCAGAACCUGCCGAGGUCCACCGAACUCCAAGUCGCAGAGGGCGUUCAAAACCCAGGCUAUCAAGGCGUAGCAGGCGAGGAAGUACGGGCAGGAAAGGGGAACUGGCAGACGGCAACAUCUCUGAACCUGAGCCAGCGCCUGUUUCUGCUGACGUCAAGCAAAGCACGGUCACAGCAGAGACCAGUUUGGAAAAACCUACAAAAAUACUGGUGGAAGCACUUUGCAUCCCGAAGAGUGAGAGCGACACCCUGGCCAGACUAGAAGAGUGCAAACCCGAUGAAAUGAAAAUCACCACGGCAAACAAGGAGUCUGUGACUGAGGCUAUUUCACCUCAGGAUCCACAGCAUUGUUCAUAUAAUGAAGAUAACAAGAGUGCUACAUAUUUUAAAUUAAAACAACAUAAUGACCAUACAGCCGAGGCUCAACCUAAGCCGAGCAUGCCAAGAGUGGCCAUUAAUGCACUCCCCGCCACCACCACUGCAAAGAUUUCAGUAACUCCAGCCCCUAUUUUGGGAAGUGUACACGCUAGUUCUGGGGCUGUGCCAGAUUGGAUAUCAAGGCAUGAAGGACCCCGUUCUUGUUCCACGCCCCCUCCUGCAGCCCCUCCUCCAGAUACCAAAGCCUCUGAUCUGGACACAAACUCCAGCACCUUACGGAAAAUUCUCAUGGAGCCGAAAUAUGUGUCGGCCUCUGGAGUCCCGACGACGUUUGUUACCACGGCUAUAAAUGAACCCUUGACUUCGGUUCGGUCAGAAGAAUCUUUCCCUUCAGCUGAAUGCAACAAACUGGUCUUGGAUGAGAAACCGGCACUUCCUCCAAGCACAACUGCAGGGCAACAAUUGACAGAGGUACUGACCUUUAAUGAGAAAGAAAAACAUGUUGGUUCUUUGAUCUCACCCAAAGUUACUUCUGUGAUCAGCAGAAUGCCGCCGAGUAUAGAUCAUGAGGAAAUGGCAAAGGUUUCAAUGAAUAGCCGAGGCCCAGUUAACCUUCCUUCUCAGUUACCCAGCCUCCCAAAUAUGACUCUGACCAAACAGAAAUAUAGAUCGAGCUUGACUGAAAACAGCCGGUACAAACUCGGAACAUACAUUGCAGAAGAGUCUAGGCCGGUGGAAAAUAUCCCGUUAAAUCAGGGCUCAAGUCCAGGGCUGAGAGUAAAUACAUCUGAAGGAGUUGUGGUACUGAGUUACUCAGGCCAGAAGACCGAAGGUCCUCAGCGAAUAAGUGCUCCCAUCAGCCAGAUUCCACCUGCUAGUGCAGUGGACAUAGAGUUUCAGCAAUCAGUGUCCAAGUCACAAGCAAAACAGGAGGCAGUUUCCCAAUCACAGGCUGUGACUAAAGUGUCGCAGACUCCAUCCGGCUACAGCAAUGUCAUUGGCACUCAUUCCUCAAGCAUGCACACAGGGCAUGGUGGCGCUCCGCUAUAUAACACAUCACCUGUGAUUUCCAGCAUAAAACAGGAGCAUCAGAUCCUCGAAAAGUCUGAAUCUUCCCUCCAUUCUCAGCCAGCAGCAGUGAAGAUUGUGUACAAUCUAAUGCCAAACAUUAUAACUGCGAACAAAAAAGGUGGAGAAGCAGUGGUUCCGAAGAUCGAACCUGGCAAAGUAAGUCAGCAGUCGACACUGAGCCCGGGGAUCAGCACUCACCAUGCUGCUCUGCCAUGUAAGAUGCAGUCGGACACGAACCACAUCAGUUCUGGGCGUGGAACCCCCACCGAACGGACUUUGUCUCUGCCACUUUCCAUUAAACAGGAACCCCACUCCCCUCACACAUCAGUUCACUCCCCUUCCUCCUUUCCCAAAGUAUGUCAGCCGAGUAGCACAUCCUCCGUUUCCCAGUCGAUAAACGCAAACAUGGUUCUGAAUGCUGGCCUCUCCAUGGCGCAGUUUGUUCCCAGUGUCCACCUUCCAGAGCAGUCGGUCAUUAUGCCUCCUCACAGUGUGACGCAGUCUCAGGUCGUCCCCUUAGGGCACCUUUCUCAGGGUGAAGUCAGAAUGAACUCCCCGUCAGUACCGGGUAUCCCGUACGGCAUACGGCCUGAGGCUCAUCACGCCUCCACACGAGCUGUCCUCCAAUCUCAGAUGGAACUCCGCUCGCAGCGCUCCAACACACCACAGUCAUCGGUCAUCAGGGACUUGUGUAUGCCUCAGAUCUCCAAUCAGCACCAACCAGAUGAAGAGUUGCUCCAUUAUCACGGGAUUAGACGAGGGUCUGGUCCCCUGCAGCCUGAUGUCCUGGUGAUGCAGCCAGACUACAGAAUGCAUCCUGGAAGUUUAAGACUGGACCAAUACAAUGUACCCCAGGAGAUGCUGCUGCGAGACGUACGGAUGAUGUACCCUCCUCUCACAGCGGUUGGUGAUGUCCACAAUGAAUCCAGACAGGCCAGGACCCCAGACGGAUCGGUUAAAACUCCUCCAGCCAGUAAAACCCCUCAGCCAGCUAAAGAGGCCCCGAAACCAUCCGAGGUGAAAAUGGCCAAGUCGCCGCACAGCGAAGCUCGAUUGAUCAAUGUCCCCCCUGGAUUACCCAUGUCUCAGUCUGUAAUGGUUUCCCAUGGUGUUCAGCUUAUGCACCAGGUCCCCAGUUCCUUCCACGACUACCCACGCGUGUAUCAAGAUCUUCGCAACUUCCACCCUUCUCACCUCGGUGGAAUAAACCCGCAGUUUGGUGGAAUAAACUUGCCUUCGCGCAGUAUGACUCCUCAGGGUAUCUCGGAAGGGGAGCAUGUCCACCCGGGAGUGAGAAGUAAAACUCCACAAAUAUCCCAGGAGAGCAGACUGUCGGGGCAGGUGGAACUACACUCGCCUCACAUGCAGCACCUACAGAGGGAGCGCGUUCAGCCGGAACCCAAUCCAACUUCCUAUCCCUCUCCGACUGGGGUGUCUUUGCCAAUCAAACACGAACUUUCCUCGCCUCACCAAACACUAACCCCAAAACAGCCGUCGUUUAUCUCCACGCAAUCCUCGGCACCGGGAGCAGCCCCGUCGCCCGUGAUCUCCAGGACGGACCAUCAGACCACGGCAAAGCCAGAACCACUGGCAUCGUCGUGUUCGCAGAGGCCCGUGGACAUGGUGCAGCUUCUAACUAAAUACCCGAUAGUUUGGCAGGGUCUGCUAGCUCUUAAGAACGACACAGCUGCGGUGCAACUCCAUUUUGUGUCCGGCAACAACGUGCUGGCCCACCGCUCGCUUCCCGCGUCAGAAGGUGGACCUCCUCUCAGAAUCGCUCAGCGCAUGCGGCUGGAGGCAACGCAGCUGGAAGGCGUGGCACGCAGAAUGACGGUGGAAACCGAUUACUGUUUGUUGUUGGCAUUACCUUGUGGACGUGAUCAGGAGGAUGUAGUGAGUCAGACAGAGUCACUGAAGGCUGGUUUUAUCAGCUAUUUACAGCUCAAACAAGCUGCCGGAAUCAUCAAUGUUCCAAAUCCUGGCUCCAAUCAGCCUGCUUACGUUCUUCAAAUAUUCCCACCCUGUGAAUUCUCUGAAAGUCAUCUAUCCCGCCUAGCCCCAGACUUGCUUGCCAGCAUCUCCAACAUCUCCCCCCAUUUGAUGAUCGUCAUUGCUUCAGUGUGAGCAUUUGGCUUGCUCUUUUUUUUAAAUCUCGGACUCCGUUACACUGCCAACUGCCAAUCUUCUUCCAAGCAAGGCCCGACUUGGACAAUGGGCCGUUACGUGUUUACAAAGUUUCCAAUCCUGGGCGAAAUGGUGGGCUCCAGUGGCAGAGUGGAAACCCCUCUAUGUAAUCCUGCACUCUCGGCGAUUCCUGUUAUGUGAAUUGGGAUUACCAUUGCACUAUAUUAGUGACUUGGUGACUUUAUGGCAGUAGAUUGUUAUGGAUCUUAUCAUGGUAGCAUCCUGGAUCCCUCUGAUGGACUUGAAGGCAGGACCUUAGAAUCCCUACCUACUUCAGCAGGGCCAGGUCGGGAUGCUUGUCACCCCCUCACCGUCAGUUGUAAUGAUCAACUCCUUUUUUCUUUUGUAAAUCUCCUUUCUUUGAGAAGGAAUCAAAUGGACCGAUUGCUGAGAGGAGAGGGAUGAACAGUUGAAGCCCAAAAGGGAAAUAAAGCUGGUGGGACAUGCUGAAUCCUUGGAACCAUGAAUUCAAACUUUGCUGAGAUGAUAAAAAACAUACAAUUUUACCUGUGCCAAAAUGCAUUUUCAGAGAAAUCUUAUUUUCGUAUGCGGACUUUGUACUUUCAUUCAUUCUUAAGUGCGCUUCACUGCUCCUUAACGCCGCCCUUCAAGAUGUGAGAGUAUUUUAUGCUUGUCAGGACAUCUGUUCAAUCUCAUUAAUUUAUAAAUUCUUUCCACAGUCCUUACUUUGUUUUUUUUAAUCCUUUUUUUUGUGUUUUUUUUUUUUUUUUUGGAGCGAUCCAAGUCAGAUUUAAGCCAACGUGGUGAAAAGUGGUCUCCAAUACGCGGCAAAAACUGGUACUGAAUAAAGAAGCCCCCUUUUCCUAGCCGAUAUAGGAAGGAGGGCACAAGGGGACUGGUACUCCUGAGAAUAUAGGGGCUGCGCUCUCUGUGUCAGCCACGAAUGCUGUAACUACCUACUGACAGCAAGCCGACUCCGUGUCCUUUUUAAUGGCGUUUGUACAUAGUACUUUUGGAAUUCUGUGCUUUGGUCUGAUUAACGUGUAAAAAAGAAAGGAAGCCCAAACCCCAGACUUGAAACCGUGUUACACAGUGCUGUAAAUAUUUGUAAAACGAAAAACAAUUCUUUCAUGGUAAUGUUGAAGGCACUUAUAAUUUUGAUACACAGAAUAAAAAUCUUAGCACAUUAUA